UCUCCAAGCACCAGCCGUUUGGGAAAAUUCAAUCCGCGUGUCAUAACGAAAAUCCGCUCACACCAAACUAUCCCUCUCGUCAGCCCACCUCCUCCUUGUUGCCUCCCUCGUCUUCCCCUCGACAGGACAAUCAUCAAUUGCGAAUUCCUUUUUAAUUUUCUGCUUUUUGUGUAAUUGUCAAUCAAAAAAUUCUCACCAACUUAUCCGACGUUUAACUCCUCAGAUCUAAUCUAGCUAAUUAAUCAAAACCCAAAAACCCUCCCACUAAGUCAAGAAAAAAUGUCAAGCGGAAGCGACGACGAGGACGAGCUCCUUCAGAUGGCAUUGAUGGAGCAAUCGCAGAGAGAUGUCAGCUACCAGAAACCCCCUUCCUCCAAUUCCCGCAAGCCGGUCGCGAACUUCGUGCAACCGCCGUCGCAAACCAGGCCGCAGAAGCCGGCGGGCAGUUCUGUUUCCAACGCCGUGGCGCACAAAAAGGCUGCGGCAAGGAAGAUGUCUAUGGAUGAUGAUGAUGAGUCGGAGUUGGAGAUACUUAGCAUUUCGAGUGGGGACGAUGAUGUGGGAAGGGAUCGCGGAGGAGGAGGAGGGAGAGGAAAGGGUGGAGGGGGAGCCAGGGGACUGAAAGAAGAAGAGAGCGCGUGGGACGGAGAGGAACCUGAUUGCUGGAAGCGGGUCGAUGAAGCUGAGCUCGCUCGUAGAGUUCGUGAAAUGCGAGAGACAAGAACAGCACCGGUGGCUCAAAAGUUUGAGCGGAAGGUUUCAGCAACAGGUGUAAGACCGGGGCUUAAUAGUUUGCAAUCUUUUCCACGUGGCAUGGAAUGCAUUGAUCCAUUGGGAUUAGGCAUAAUAGAUAACAAGUCACUGAGGUUGAUCACAGAGGCAUCAGAAAGUUCUCCAUCAAAAACUGAUAGAGAUUAUCUGGAUAGUAACCUUCGUGAGAAGUUGAUGUAUUUCUCCGAGAAGUUUGAUGCUAAGCUGUUUCUAGCUCGGAUUCACCAAGAUACAAGUGCAGCAGAUUUAGAGGCUGGGGCUGUUGCACUAAAAACUGAUCUUAAAGGACGAACUCAGCAGAGAAAACAAUUGGUUAAAGACAAUUUUGAUUGUUUUGUGUCUUGUAAAACAACCAUUGAUGAUAUUGAGUCAAAAUUGAAGCGGAUUGAAGAAGACCCUGAAGGUUCUGGGACUUCUCACUUGUACAAUUGCAUGAAAGGUGUAAGCUCACUGGCCAAUCGUGCUUUUGAGCCUCUGUUUGAGAGACAGGCACAAGCCGAGAAGAUCAGAUCUGUCCAAGGAAUGCUUCAGAGAUUUCGAACAUUGUUCAAUUUACCCAGUACCAUUCGUGGCAGUAUUAGUAAGGGUGAAUAUGACUUGGCUGUUAGGGAAUACAAGAAGGCAAAAUCAAUUGCUUUGCCCUCUCAUGUGAAUAUACUUAAACGAGUCCUUGAAGAGGUUGAGAAGGUGAUGCAUGAGUUCAAAGGUACACUUUACAAGUCGAUGGAAGAUCCAAAAAUAGACCUGACAAAUCUUGAGAACACUGUGAGGUUGUUGUUGGAGUUGGAACCUGAGUCUGAUCCUGUAUGGCAUUACUUGAAUGUUCAGAAUCACAGAAUUCGAGGCUUGCUUGAGAAGUGCACUUUAGAUCACGAAGCAAGGAUGGAAAGUUUGCACUAUGAGAUGCGUGAAAGAGCUUUAUCUGAUGCAAAGUGGCACCAGAUUCAACAAAGUUUAGCUCCAUCUUCAGAUGUUGACUACUCUCUUGGGAAUGACCAAUUGCUAGUUGAUUCACAACCUCUGGCCUUGACUGGGGAAGAAGUUGAUGCUCUAAGAGGAAGGUAUAUCAGAAGGUUAACUGCUGUGCUUAUCCAUCACAUACCGGCAUUCUGGAAAGUAGCACUUUCUGUUUUCAGCGGAAAAUUUGCAAAGUCUUCCCAAGUUUCUGACGCCUCAACAAUUAAAAAUGAAGAAAAGGUUGGAGAGGGGAGAUAUUCAAGUCAUUCUUUGGAUGAAGUUGCUGGAAUGAUAUGCAAUACUAUAUCUGUAUAUGAACAAAAGGUUCAUAGCACAUUUCGUGAUCUUGAUGAGUCAAAUAUUCUACGCUCAUACAUGAGCGAUGCCAUAAAGGAAAUAUCAAAAGCAUGCCAAGCAUUUGAAUCGAAAGAGUCAGCUCCUCCUAUUGCUGUCAUGGCCCUAAGAGCCCUUCAUGCUGGAAUCACUAAAAUCUAUAUCCUAAGGCUUUGCUCUUGGAUGCGGGCAUCAACAGAUAGUAUCUCAAAAGAGGAAACAUGGGUCCCUGUAUCCAUUCUUGAAAGGAAUAAGUCUCCUUAUGCAAUCUCUUACUUGCCAUUGGCAUUUCGCUCGGUUAUGACCUCAGCAAUGGAUCAGAUCUACUUGAUGAUUCAGUCCUUGAAGGGCGAAACUACAAAGUCAGAAGAUAUGUUUGUACAGCUUCAAGAAAUUCAAGUCUCUGUUAGGCUUGCAUUUUUAAACUGUUUUCUGGAUUUUGCAGCUCAUUUGGAGCACAUUGCGACCGAGCUUGCACCCAACAAGUCAAGCAAUGAAAGUACACAUUUACAAAAUGGAUAUUCUUACGAAGGAGAGGAGGCAUCAUCAGUUGAUCUCCCAGGAAGUGUUGUUAAUCCCCACCAAAGGCUGUUGAUAGUCUUAAGUAAUAUAGGGUACUGCAAAGACGAGCUUUCUUCCGAGUUGUACAACAAGUACAGUCAUAUCUGGUUGCAGUCUAGGGAAAAGGAUGAGGAUGAGAGUGACAUCCAAGAUCUAGUUAUGUCUUUCUCUGGCCUUGAAGAGAAAGUCCUUGAGCAGUAUACUUUUGCUAAGGCAAAUUUAAUCAGAACAGCUGCCAUGAAUUAUUUAUUAGAUUCUGGUGUUCAAUGGGGCUCAGCACCUACAGUCAAAGGAGUUCGCGAUGCUGCUGUUGAGUUAUUGCAUACUCUAGUGGCUGUGCAUGCAGAGGUCUUUGCUGGUGCUAAGCCCCUCUUGGACAAGACACUUGGCAUUCUGGUUGAAGGUCUUGUUGAUACUUUCCUCAGCCUCUUCCAUGAAAAUAAAGAAAAAGAUCUUAGAUCACUUGAUCAAAAUGGUUUCUGCCAAUUGAUGCUUGAGCUGGAAUACUUUGAGGCUAUACUGAAUCCGUAUUUUACCGCGGAUGCAAGAGAAUCUUUGAAGUCUUUGCAAGGGGUACUACUGGAGAAAGCUACUGAGAGCGCCAGUGAGGUUGUUGAGAAUCCAGGGCAUCACCGCCGGCAAACUCGAGGGAGUGAGGAUACUGCUUCUGAAGACAAACAGCAUGGGAUGACUGUGUCUCCUGAUGACUUAAUUGCUCUUGCACAACAGUAUACCUCUGACUUACUUGAAGCGGAACUCGAGAGGACCCGCAUCAACACAGCAUGCUUUGUGGAGUCACUUCCGUUGGAGUCAGCACCAGAAUCAGCUAAAGCUGCAUAUGCUUCUUUCAGAGGACCAAUGGAUUCUCCCAGCAGAAACAACCGAAGUGCACAACCAGCUGGAUCCCCAAGUUUUUCUCGGCAAAGGCGUAGAUAGAAUAGUCAGUUCCCGCAUUUUCUUUUUUCACUUCAUUUCUCCCUUGCUGUAUGUCCAAUUGUUGUAUGGUAAUUUUUUUCACAGCUUAUGAAAGCAGUUCAUGUUCUUUUUUUUUCUAAACGUCCUUCAUGAGCUUGGAUUUUUCUUUAUGAUCCGGCAGGUAUUUUAUUCUGUAUAAUUAUUUAUGGCCUAAAACUAUGUAAAUAAAUUGCUUUUAGUGGUGAUUGUCAAUUGA